GUUGCUUUGUGAAAUUUAUUAACAAUUCCUGCACCAGUUCUAUUUGCAUUCAUCUAAAAAUGAGUCUGAAAUAGUGUUCUAAAGUAGUGUCGUUUCUUCCUUUUUAAUAUUGAACUGAGUUGGAACUUGUUUAAUUUUGAAACUUACUGAAUAGAUUCUGUCUUUUACAGCCUCAUUCUCAGUGUGUCUACACACUUUACAUUUUUCCCGGCCUAGAUCUAAAACUACACAACGUUACAUUUUUCAGGACUACAUGCAGAACGUCCACGGUAAAGAAAUCGACUUGCUGCGGACGACGGUGAAGGUGCCUGGGAAGAGAGCGCCCAGAGCGGUGGCGACGGUCGCCCCUACAGCCAGCCCCAAAACCAACGGACUGACCAAAGACCGCAGCACUUUACAACUCGGCAUCGGGGCCACAACCCUCUGUAAUCUGGAACAAAUGCCGAGCCACCUCAGCUGGCCUCUCUCGAUGUGGAGGAGCAGCGGAUCUACUCCAAGCUUCUUCAGAGUGACCGAGCUCCUCACCCUGUUUCUAAAGGAGCACCCAGCCACCCUACGGAGGAAACUCAUUUUGGCCACUUGUGUCCAGGAUCUCAUCCUUUCGGUCAUGACUCCAAAAAGGCCGAGUACUCUAUAUUGCCAUUCGGCCCGUAGGCACAAAUGACAGUGAGAGACCUCCCCCCAACCCGAAGGUGCAGGGAGGCGACCCACCGGGGUAAACUCCAACACAUGGCGGCUAAGCUGUGGGGGCUAUGAGCAAGCCCACACCAGUCCGCUGCCUCUCACUGCGGGCAACACUAGAGUAGUGAAGAGUCCCGCUCCUUUCGAGGAGAUGGGUUCCAGAGCUCAAGCUGCACAUGGAGUUGAGCCGAAUAUCUCUAGCCGGUACCUCUCCACCUCCCGCAGCAACUCCAGAUCCUUCCCCCCAGAGAUGUGACAUUCCAUGUCCGUAAAACCAGAUUCUGUGUCCAGGGGCCGGGUUGCCGAAGUCCCCGCCUUUGGCUGCCGCUCCUGCAGGUGGUGGGCCCACAGGAGUAAAGUGAAAUAGUGUCUUAUACAUUUUUAAAAGGUCUAUUAAUUAAAUGUGUAGUUGUUUCACAAAACUCUAGAAGGUGCAGAUUAAUGUGUUCUUAACAUUACAUAACAGCUUUAAAUGACUUGGCAUAAGCUGAUUGGUCGAUGAUGCGUAUGUAAACAAUGACCUUGUUGCUUUCACUCGAGUGACUUUCUCUGUAUGAUGAUAAAGAAUAAGCGUCAGUGUUUUUUGCUAACAUGCUGUAAAGAGUAGUUUUAGAGUCGACACAUGAUAUUAUCGUCAAUCAGCACAACCCUAGUGUGGUGUCCAGUUUAUCUUUAAAAUUUUAACCUAAAAUACCGGCUUCCAGCAACGGCCGUAUGCACCUUCAUGAGAGCAUUGAGUUAAGGCUUCUUGAUUUAGAUUAUAAAUUCAGUUUUUAGGUGAUCUAUUUCUUUGUGAUGAAGCAAGUAGGUUGUAUUUCCAGAAUUUUUUCUGAAGGACAUCCCCUACACAUGGGCUCUGAAAUCUGGAUGAGCUUUUAUAUUUACUGCCAUGCUUACUCCAUUAGCUGUUUCCAUCAACCUAUUUUUAUGAGCAUAAAAACUAUAUAUUUUGUAUGUAUAUUGCAUAAAAACACUGGACGUAGAUGCCAAAAUGUGCAGAAAUUCUAAAGAUUUGUAUAAAAAAAAACUAUGCGCUCAAAGUAGGACAAAUUUCUCAUCCAGCAAGAAAACAUGCACAAAAUACGAUAGAAACACUUGAAUAAAAAAAAACAUGCUCCAAACAACUCUUUAACUUCUUGGAUAGAAAAAAAUGUUUUAUCUAUCCAUUUUCUUCUGCU